AUGUUCCGUGAUAUGCUGGAGUGGCGCCACACCUUCGACGUCGAUGGCAAGGUACACAGCUGGAGGCGGGAGCUAGAGAGACAUCGGACUAGGCGUGCUCGGCUUUGCAAACGCUUCGCCAUCGAGGAGCAGAUUUGCAACGACAAGCACGGCAUUCCGGUGAGGUUACUUCGCCUGGGCGUUGCAGACAGCGCCGGAAUGAUUCGAGAGUUCGGACAGGAAGCCAUCCUUGUCGACAGUUUGUCGAAGCUGGAGUGGACACAUGAGCAGAUCCGGAAAGCCAUGUUCCGCUGCCGCAAGCUGAUCCGUGGUCAGAUCCAAAUCCUUGACGUCGGGGACUAUGGAGAUGUCCCAAACUGGACGGGACGGAUGUGGAACAAUUUGCGCUUGGGUCCAGACAUCUACAAG